AAUCAAUUUUCUCAUGGCGAUACAUCCUACUUUUUUCAUUCUACGGAAACCAGAUGAAGAGAUGAAGUAAAAUUGGAAAUCUGUUAAUUUUUGUCCAAAAGUAUCUUUGCCCACUUCACCGAUCUGAGCAUCCAAUCAUGCAGGUCAGCUGACUCCGUUGUAUUGCGCAUGACUCAUUUUACCGGGAAGAAUCGCGGGAAGACGAAAAUUACCAAUUACACAUGGAAUAAGCGAAGAAAUACCGUACUCAAUUUAUCACGAAAUAAACCUCGCGAUGGACAUACCACAUCUAGCCACCAUCUUGUCGAGUACGUUUGACCCAAACCUAAGGGAGGAAGCUGAAAAAAAGCUCAACGAGAUUCACAAGCUUCCGGGAUUUCUUUCGCUCCUGCUUCAAGUGGUCAUGUCGAAUGAAGUACAAAUCCCUGUGCGACAGUCUGGUGGAAUUUACCUUAAGAAUAUGAUUGCUCAGUAUUGGAAGGACAGAGACCCUUCAGAAUUAAUUGACGGUGUUGCUCCAUUUGUUAUUGCUGAGCAAGACAAAGUGACCAUCAGGGAAAAUAUUGUAGAAGCAGUUAUCCAUGCUCCUGAGCUAAUAAGAAUCCAGCUCACAGUGUGUGUUAGCCAGAUCCUGCGGUUUGACUUUCCUGAUAAGUGGCCUGGAGUGAUUGACAAAGUCAAUGGAUUUCUGGCCGAGAACAGUCAAGGGACCUGGAUGGGUGCAUUGCUCACUCUGUACCAGGUUGUCAAGAAAUACGAGUUCAAAAAGCCUGAGGAGCGUGAAGUCCUUCACAAUAUUAUGCAAGUUCUACUGCCGCAGCUAUACCAAAGGUUCACAUCUGUGAUGGAGGAUUCUUCAGAAAUGUCUGUAGAAAUCCAAAAGCAAAUCCUGAAGAUUUUCUUUGCACUUAUUCAGUAUGUCCUUCCCAUGGAAUUAAUCACAUGUGAUACAUUUGGAAAGUGGAUGCAAGUGUUUCAAUCUGUGGUUAACAGAGAAGUACCCCAGUGUGCACUGGAAGGUGAUGAGGAAGAGUUAGCUAAGCUUCCUUGGUGGAAAGCAAAGAAAUGGGCUUUACAUAUUCUGUGCCGGUUGUUUGAGAGAUAUGGUACCCCUGGUUCUAUAACUAAAGAAUACGAGCAGUUUUCUGAGUACUAUUGCAAAAGUUUUGCAGCCAGUGUGACACAGAUUCUCCUGAAAGUAUUGGAUCAGUACAGACGGAAAGUGUUUGUGGCUCCACGUGUGAUUCAGCAGACAGUAAACUACUUGAAAAAUGGGAUUUCAAAUUCACUUCACUGGAAAAUAAUGAGGCCUCACAUACAGGCAAUCAUCCAGGAAGUUGUUUUUCCUUUGAUGUGUUACACUGAGGAAGAUGAUGAACUUUGGCAAGAAGAUCCUUAUGAGUUUAUAAGAGUUAAAUACGAUAUCUUUGAAGACUUUGUUUCACCUGUAACUGCUGCUGCAACUCUUCUCCACACUGCUGUUUCAAAACGAAAACAGGUCCUUGAUCCUACCAUGGUGUUCUGCGUACAUGUUCUUAACCUUCCAGCAGAGCAGAGGGACCCUCGUCAAAAGGAUGGUGCUCUUCAUAUGAUUGGAACAUUAGCUGAUGUGUUAUUAAAGCGUAAAGUGUACAAGGUGCAGCUAGAAAAUAUGUUAGUCCAACAUGUUUAUCCUGAGUUUAAAAGUUCCCUUGGAUAUCUCCGAGCCAGGGCAUGUUGGGUAUUGCACAGUUUUGGUGACAUAACUUUCAAAGAGGAAAGAAACCUUGCGACAGCUGUGAACUCUGCCCGUAUUUGUUUAACUGAAGACACUGAUCCUCCUGUCAUAGUUGAGGCAGCCAUUGCUUUGCAGUUUCUCAUAGAAAAGCAAGAAGGAUCUAAAAAGUAUAUUGAACCACAUGUACGACCAAUCAUCUUGCAACUGUUGAAAGUGAUUCGUGAAACAGAGAAUGAUGAUCUAACAGGGGUGAUGCAGAAACUCAUCUCCACAUACGGGGAUCAAGAACAAGUGGCAAGCAUUGCUGUAGAUAUUGCCAGAGAUUUGGCAGGUACCUUUGUUCAGCUAUUGGAUGGUGAAGACAGUGACGAGAAAGCAGUCACUGCCAUGGGAAUCCUGAACACAUUAGAGACAAUGUUGAAUGUCAUGGAAGGAUCUAAAGAGAUUGUGCAUCAGCUGGAGCAUGUGGUGAUAUCUUUAAUAGCAAAAGUGCUGGAGCUCUCUGUGAUGGAGUUUUAUGAAGACAUUUUGUCCAUAAUCUGUACCUGCACAUGUUUUGAGAUCUCACAGUCCAUGUGGACAGUGUACUACAUGCUGUAUGAGGCUUUCCAGAGAGACGCGUUUGACUAUUUUGCAGAAAUGAUGCCAUGUCUGCACAAUUACAUCACUGUGGACACACCUGCCUUCUUAGCAAAUCCUAAGAACCUGGAACUAAUAUAUAACAUGUGUAAAAAGAUGAUGACAGAUUCCUCUGCACAGGAGGAUCAGCAGUGUAAUGCAGCAAAGCUGUUGGAAGUGACUAUUCUUCAGUGCCGUGGGCAUAUGGAUCAGUGGCUUCCUUUUUAUGUGGAAGCUGCACUGGAAAGAUUGACGAGGGAGGUGAAGGAGAGUGAAUUACGAACAAUGUGUUUACAAGUGGCUAUAGCUGGAUUAAUAUACAAUACUCCUCUUCUGUUAAGCGUACUGGACAAACUUCAGUUUCCAAACACGAAUGAAACAGUCACAGCACAGUUCUUUAGUCGCUGGGUCAAUGACCAUGACUGCUUCUUUGGUAUUCAUGAUCGUAAGAUGUUUGUGUUGGGAUUCUGCGCACUCAUGGAUCUGCCAAAAGAGAUGAGGCCACAGGCUCUCCUGCAGUGCUCGCCCCAGAUUCUCCCGGCCUUGUUAGUUCUUUUCUCAGGACUCAAAAGGACGUAUGAAAACCGUGGUGAUGAUGACGAUCAAAAUGAAGACGAGGAGGGGGAAUCGGAUGAAGAUGAGCUGGCUAGCGACGAGGACGAAAUUAAUGAGGACGAUGUUCAAUAUAUUGAAGGUCUUGCGCAAAAGGCUGCCGAUCAUUUAGAUGAUGAGGAAGAGGUGGAAGAUGAAGAAACGGCUCUUGAAAACUUCACCACAUCUGUAGACAAUGAAGAAACCGAUGAGUACAUCGCCUUUAGGACCUCGAUGCAAGCACUGCAGACCAGUGACCCAGAUUGGUACUCGGCUCUGACAAGUGUGUUGACAAGCGAGCAGGCUAAGUCAUUACAGGAAGUGUUUCACCAGGCCGAGCAGAGGAUAGCUUUGUUAGAAUCCAAGAGAAUCGAACAACAAGGAGGAUACAUGUUCACUAACAUGACUGUGCCGAAUACCUUCAACUUUGGACAGUAACUGAGUUUCGCAGUGGACGUUUUUGGUGAGCGGACUUCGACAUGAAAGCUUUGUUCCACAUCUAAGCUGAUGGAGCCUCAGUAGUCCUACAUACUGACAUACAUAAAGCCUUCGCGGUGAAACACUGUUGGAAUUGACUUCAAAGUAAAAUGUUGUGCACGAUUGUUGAUUCGUUUUGCACUGGCGCGACUUCCGUGGUUGCGUGAUGGUUUUUCCACGCCAGGAACGAAAUGUUGUCAUCUAGUGCUUUGAAGAAAACGACGAAGAAGACUCAAUACUCCCAAAUUAGUGAUUGCUAGAGUGAUUUUCUACUCGCUUUCUUUUGCUGUACAUAAUUGUAAUUUUAUUUAGGAUCGAUUUUGUCGUCAUUUCGAACGACUCGAAAAGCGUAAUCUUUGAUUUGGAUGAUCAAAACAGAAAAUCACAGGCUCUGCAACCAAUUAAAGGCUGCUUUUAGUAGUUGAGUAGAAUUUACUUGAGAAGCUAAAAGCACUGAUCGUUUGAAUUUCUUUUUUAAACUUUGAUCUCUUGCAUAAUUUGGUGAUGUUGGUGGUUAUGCCUGUGUUUGUUAAACACAAUCAGUCGUGGAAAAAGCUACAAUUUCAACUCCGAACUGAACUAAGGGAGUGCGUGCUUUUUCUUCCUUAGUUGCUAUGCAGAUGACACGUCAUGAUCAUGUGACAUGUGUCAUGUGACAUCUCGAAGGAUUCUUGAUUACUCGUGCUAUUCUACAACGAAAAUUUGUCACAAAGGGUAACUGUUUCUCCGACUCAGUUUAGAAUUGAGCCUCUGAUCUGGCCUUGAAAUAGAUUUAUUUUCACUUGCAAAAGAGAGAGUGGAAGAGGCCUUUUGCAUUAUGCAGUUAUCUUAUAACAGCAACUUAAGUACCUUUGACCUUAAUUAUUUAAGAGUUUUCAUCUCGGUGAGGUUAAGAAUUGCUCAAUUACAAUGAGACUUCCUGUAGAACUGAAAGAUUGCGUGGCUGCAUUCAAAUGAAGUGCAGCAAAUCGGCUGUUACACAUUAAGGAUUUAAGAAAACAGAAAGAUAAGAUUUGACCAAGUGCUCAGAAUUACAGGGGAAUAAGUUUAUUUUAUUAAAAGAGCAAGAAAACUA